GAGCCACAAAGAGAUGGAAAAGAGAUUUAAAAUAUUUACGUACAAGGAAGGUGAAGAACCACUAUUCCACCGUGGUCCUAUGAAUGAUAUCUACUCCAUUGAAGGACAGAUGAUUGAUGAACUAACUGAAGUUUCUAAAAGCCAUUUCAUAACUCAAAACCCUAAUGAAGCUCUAGCUUAUUUUAUUCCCGUGAGUAUCACCUCCAUCAUUCGAUAUGUUUAUCGGCCAUAUACAAACUACUCUAGGGAACGACUGCAAAACGUUGUUGCAGACUACAUUCGAGUAGUAUCGGAGCGUUAUUCUUAUUGGAAUAUAAGCAAUGGUGCUGAUCAUUUCCUCGUUUCAUGUCAUGAUUGGGCACCAGAUGUUUCAGCAGCCCAUCCAAAGCUGUUCAAGCAUUUCAUCCGAGUCCUAUGCAAUGCCAACGUAACAGAAGGUUUCCACCCUUCACGUGACGUCUCCCUCCCUGAAAUUUUCAUCCCUUGGGGAAAACUUGGCCCUCCUAUGAUCAACCAAACACCUCGGAACCGUCGAAUCCUCGCCUUCUUCGCUGGUGGUCCUCACGGCGAUGUUCGUAAGAGCCUCUUUGAGCAUUGGAAGGACAAAGAUAAAUCUGUACAAGUCUUUGGUUACCUUCCUAAUGGUGAAAAUUAUAGUGUUUUCAUGGCACAAAGUAAGUAUUGUCUUUGCCCUAGUGGAUGGGAAGUAGCCAGUCCAAGAAUAGUUGAGUCAAUUUACACUGGUUGUGUGCCCGUCAUCAUCUCCGACAACUAUACAUUGCCGUUCAGCGAUGUAUUAGAUUGGAGUAAGUUUUCCGUUCAUGUUCCGGUGGCGAAUAUACCGGAGAUUAAGAAGAUUUUACAAGGAAUUUCAACUAGGAGGUACUUGGAUAUGCAUAAGAGGGUGUUACAAGUUAGGCCACAUUUUGUGAUUAAUAAGCCUUCUAAACCUUUUGAUCUUAUGCAUAUGAUUAUUCAUUCUAUUUGGCUUAGAAGACUUAAUGUUAAACUAGGUCAUACUGUUAUGUAA